AUGGCUGUCGACGCUGACAAGGCCCACAACCGCUCCAACUCAACCACAUCCAAAGCCUCGUACGCUCACCAUGACGAUACAGGCACCGCUUCAUCCCACCAUGGCUCACCAGAGUCUCUCAAGCACCAACGCCUGGAAGCCUCCAGGAAGCUCGCAAACCCCCUCGCUGGUUUGAGCCAUGAACGACUUUACCAGAUGGGCGAGGAGUAUGCCGUUAACGCCGGGCUGACCAGCGAUGAGGACCUCCGCGCUUUCCGUCUCGGUGCAGUUAUCGCUAGCAACCAGACUGACUACAGCUCCAUCCCGGAGCUUACCGAUCGCGAGAGGGAAGUUCUGGAGCGUGAGACAACCCACAAGUGGUCCAACCCCCGGAUGCUUUACUGGGUCAUUGCCAUCUGCUCUCUCUGUGCCGCUGUUCAGGGCAUGGAUGAGACAGUUGUCAAUGGCGCCCAGAUCUUUUACAAGGAAGCCUUUGGAAUCGCUGGGGACACCUGGUUAAUUGGUCUCACUAACGGCGCUCCGUAUUUGUGCUGUGCCAUUGUUGGUUGCUGGGUGACUGAGCCUAUGAAUAAGAGGUUCGGAAGAAGAGGCACCAUCUUCAUCUCUUGUGCUAUUUCGGCGUUGGCAUGCUUCUGGCAGGCGUUUACGAACACCUGGUAUCAUAUGUUUAUCGCACGGUUUUUCUUGGGAUUUGGUAUUGGACCCAAGAGCGCAACUACACCGAUUUUCGCCGCAGAGUGCUCUCCGCCAAGACUGAGAGGAGCCCUGGUCAUGCAAUGGCAAAUGUGGACGGCCUUCGGUAUUAUGAUCGGUUACGUUGCGGACUUGGCCUUCUACCCUGUUCCUGACCGCGGCAUCCCCCUGGGUCUCAACUGGCGGUUGAUGAUGGGUUCCGCCCUCAUUCCAGCCGUCGUUGUCUGUUGUCUCGCCUACGUCUGCCCCGAGUCACCCAGAUGGUAUCUCACCAAGAACCGCCACAAGGAUGCGUUUGCUUCGGUCUGUCAACUUCGCCAUGAGAAAGUCCAGGCGGCCAGGGAUCUGUUUUACACGCACACCCUGCUCAAGGCGGAAGAGCAGACCACGGCCAACAUUGGAACACGCAACCGCAUCAAGGAGGUCUUUACCAUCCGACGCAACAGAAAUGCCAUGAUUGCUUCGGAGAUUGUCAUGUUUAUGCAGCAAUUCUGCGGUGUCAAUGUCAUUGCCUACUUUUCCAGUGAAAUUUUCAGGGAGGCUGGGUAUUCUGAGGUCGAGGCUCUGGCAGCAAGCUUGGGAUUCGGAGUCAUCAACUUCCUGUUUGCUAUACCAGCCUUUUACACCAUCGACACGUACGGCCGGCGCAAUUUACUGCUCACCACCUUCCCGCUGAUGGCACUAUUCAUGUUCUUCACUGGUUUCAGCUUCUGGAUACCAGAAGACAGUCCAGCACACAUCGGGUGUAUCGCUUUGGGAAUCUACCUUUUUGGCAUCGUCUACAGCCCCGGCGAGGGCCCGGUGCCAUUUACCUAUUCAGCAGAAGCAUACCCGCUGUAUAUCCGCGCCAUAGGGAUGAGCUUCGCGACGGCAACGACGUGGUUCUUCAAUUUUGUUCUGGCGCUUACGUGGCCGAGUUUACUGGAGGCGUUCAGGCCGCAGGGCGCUUUUAGCUGGUAUGGGGGUUGGAAUAUUGUUGGGUUUUUCUUGGUGUUGUUUUUGGUGCCUGAGACGAAGGAGAAGACGUUGGAGGAGCUGGAUAGGGUUUUUGAUGUGGAUUUGAGGAGAAUGAUGGCUUUUGGGGCGAGGCAGGCGGGGUGGUUUUGGGGGAGGUACGUGAUGAGGCGGAAGGGGGGGAGGCAGCCGGUUCAUCCGGGGGAGGAGGGGUUGGAUGGGGAUAGUGGGGAGGAGGGAGAGUUUUGGGGGAGAAGAAGGGGGUUGUUGGGGGGAUGGAUGGGGCGGGGAGGGUUUGAUGCUGGAUGGGAGGUGGGUGUUCGGGAUAAUUACUGGGUUGGAUUUACUAAUUGA